AUGGAAAACAAAGAAACCCCACCAAAUCAACUCGACCCACAGCAAAAAUGCGACCAGAAAUCGGUUCCCACAAUGCCUAAAUUCAUUCUUAAACAAGAAGAACCAGGAGGACCAAACACACGCCCGCCUGUGGCUGUUUCUGAUGGCACUCCGGUGAGAACCUUCCACAGACUCCAUCGAGGACGGGGUCCCAACAGCAAGCGUAAGAAGGAUAAUCCAUACAUCGAGAAACAGCAAGUCAUUUUGAAAAAGGUGCAAUUUUUGAUGGAAACGUUGAAGCCCGUACCUUUUAUACCCCCUAAGAUUCUUUAUUUUUCUAAGCAUGAAAAGCUUCUGAAGAAAAUUGGUUUGUGGGACUUUGUGCAUAUUGAUUUUGAUACGAAUGUAAGGAUAGAUUUGAUUUCACAGUUGGUGGCUACCUAUGAUUCAAAGUUGCGGUGUAGUUAUGUUAAUAAAUUUCGUAUUGCUGUGAAUAGAACUAACAUAGCUCUUGCUUUAAGGUUGCCGGUGAAAAGGGUGAAGGGUAAUGUGGGUGGCGUGGAAGGUGUGGACUUGGGUUCUGAGGUAUUGGCCGAGGAGGAGAUAGAAUUUAUUGAGGAGAUUGUGUCCGAUUGGGUGCUUUUGCAUGGCGACAUUUGGUCGAUACCAAGUGAGGUUUUGAAUUGGGUAGGGAGGAUAAAGGAUGGGCACCCUGAGAAGAUAGAUUGGGCUGGAUUGUUUUGGUUUAUGGUGGAGAAGGAGUUGACACAAGGCGAGCAUUUGAUUGAUUGUUACUAUGCUUCACAUUUGCAGUAUUUAAUUAAGUCGCAGCAUGAGGAAGUGUUCAUGUUGAGGGAGGUGGAUUUAGAUGUGGAGGCAAAGGAAGAAGAGGUUCCGCCGAACAAUGAGGUAUAUGUGACGGUUGGUAGUAUAAAAGAGGUUCGAGAAGAGGAGGGUAGAGCGAUGGAGGGACCAAGUAUGGAGCUGACGCUAGGACAAAAUAUUGGGAAGAAGGAAGAAGAGGUGAAGAACAUAGAGAUGAUGGAUGCUGGGAAAUGCAAGGACGAGGAGGUAGAGGAGCAAGGACAGUGGCUUUUGGAUGGGAAGAACUAUAUGGGAGAGCAUGAUAUGAAAAGUUGUAGAGUCGAAGAGGGUAGGAGGUGUAGUCUCAUUGAUGAUGAGAAGGAGAAGGAAACGAUCGAGAAGGCUGCCGAGGACGGAUUUGAUAUUAAUGUUUUGUCGGAUGAUGAUGUUCUUGAAGGUGAUGGACUGGCAGGUAAUUUACUUCAAGCAAUGGUGGGGAACCACUUAGAUUUCAGUGCACAGGGGAAGCUUUGUGAACCGUUGCCAGUGGAUCUUAAUUCUGAUGUGCAGGAUUUGGCUUCUGGUCAGUCAUUCUCUAUCAAUGCAGGCAAGCGAUUUAUGGUACAGGACAAUGAUAUUUCACAGCAUUUAAUCGAGGAUAAGAACAAGAGGUUGAGGAUCAAUAACUCCUGGGAUCAUAAGCCUGUUGGUUUUGGAAUGUGCAUGGAGAAAAUGCAACAAUCAGUCGAAAGUUUCAGGUUGAUGUGUAAGGAAAAGGAAAAGACUCUGCAGCAAUUGGAUAGGAAUCAACAGCUCUUGCUGAGUGAGUUACAGAAACGGGAUAUGAUGAUCAAAUAUUUGCAAAAGACCAAGUUGGAAGAGAUACGGACAAGAGAUGGAGAACUUUAUCGUCUUCAACGUGAGCUGCACUUGAUGGCUAGUAUCUUGGAUGGUUACAAGAAGGCCAUUAAGGAAACUCAGAAGGCAUUUGUCAAAUAUAGGGAGAAAUCCAAGCUUCCUGAAGACCCAUAUUACAUAGAUGCUGGAUUUGGGGGUCUGAUGUUGAGCGCUACAGAAAUAGAGAAGCUGCACAAGAAGCAAGAAGAAGAGUAUAAGUUGAAUUGCUUGAUCUUGGAACAGAAGGCGAAGGAGCUUGAAGAGGAUUGUGCUAGUCAUUUUGAAGAAUAUCUUGAGAAGGUUAAUUUGUUGGACAAUAAGUUGACAGGUCUCGAAACUGUUAUGAAAGAGCUCAUUGAGUCGUAUGCUAAACAGAAAAUGAAGAAAAAGCUUCUGCAUUCCUGA